GAAAAUAUUAGCGGCAUUUAGAACACUAAAGUUGUUUUAAACCAACACGUUUUCGUCUGGUGAAUCAGGGGCGAUAGAAAGUGAGCUAAUCACGAGAAGAUAACCGGCGUGUAAUCCACGUUUUCUCGAUUGUGUGAACAGGGGCAGAGGGCGCCGGUUGCGGAGGAACCGCCCAACAUUUGGUGUAACGUGAUUCUCCACGUUGCCCCUCUCUCGUCUGUUCUCGGCAGACUCCGCUCGCUCAUUCGCACUGCAGACUUUAUUGCAGCUAACUGUUUCAGACCGUCGCACUGCCUUGGGUGGACUCGGAUCAAAGUGCAAGGCACUCUACGGCUCAUCUAAAACAGUUCGGGUCCGGCGACAGAUUUGUGUUUCACCUACCAGCAGUUAUUCAGGGCAAAGUUUAAAGGGAUCUUUUUCUCGACGUGGUGGACAUUUACGCACGGACAGACUAUGAGAUUUUCGGCAUGGGCUGUGCUCGCACUGUUGUCUCUGUUCGCAGUGAAAGUGCGAUGCGAGGAUGGCUUCGACCUGGCUGAUGCCAUCGGGGAUGACGACGAAGAAGCGACUGUACCAUCCACAACUAAGCCCGUCAGUGCGCCUGCGGGGGGAGCUGGUGGAGACCCAGGACUGGACCUCAGUGAUGCCUUCGACUCAGAGGAUCCCACCGUCAAACCACCCCCACCUCCUGCCCCCACCAAAGCACCCAUCAAGCCCAAUCCCAAACCCGGGGCUGGGGCUGGUGAUCUGGACCUGAGCGACGCCCUGGACCCCAACAACGACAUCGGAGGCAAAGGCAAAGGCGGCGCCGGCAAGGGAGACAAAGGGUAUGACGGAGAGGGCAGGGGUGAUGGCCAGCCCAAUAACAGAGGAGGCACUGGUGGUGCAUUCACUGACGAUGACCUGAAAGACAUUGGUGACUACAAGCCAGACAAAGGCAAAGGGGGCAGUGGCAGCCGGGGCGAUGGAGAGAGCGACCAUACUGACAACAGCGACUACGAUGGUACCAUGGCAGAGACGGGCACCAUUGCGGGCAUCGUCAGCGCAGUGGGCGUGGCACUGGUUGGAGCCAUCACCAGCUACAUAUCCUACCAGAAGAAGAAGUUCUGCUUCGCCGUGCAGCAGAGUUUGAAUACUGGUGACAUGGUGAAGGCAGAAAAUCCUGACGCCGUCGUAGCUACGGAGCCCCAAGUUCAACAGACCCUUCUCCAGCCCCCCAACGCAGAACCUCCUACAGAGGAGAACGCAGUCUAAGCGGUGGUAUCACCAGCCACCACCGGAGGGCGCUAAUUCACACUUCUCUCCAUGGUGACACACCCCUUUCUCCCCAAAUGAAAACAACCAUGUUCACCAUAAUCGAAAUGACAAAUUCCAACCCACCCACCCCCAUGAAUAACCACAUGUUCCCCUGUUUGUCCUGUUCUAAAAUGUUAUGUGUAUAUAUUAUACCUUUUAUUUAUUUUAUGCCCUUUUUUUGUUGAAGACGACUAACUAUGCCUGUUUACAAUGUUGUUAACCUGACGUGGGGAAACCACCACAGAGGAAAUGAAGGCUGAUUUCCUUUUUUUUUUUAAGUUUUAAGACACUUGUGGAGAUGAUAAAAACUUACUGUUAUCUUUAACUGUUAUAUUACUACAAGUGUUUUGUUUUAUUAUUUUUGUUGUUAUGUGUCAAAAUCGGCACCUUGCUGUUAAACCAGUAUAAUAUACGAAUGUGAAAAACCAGCAAAUUCAGGCAAUUGGAUACUGAAUGGAAACCAAACAGUUUUGAUAAUCAUACUAUUAUUAAUAAUGAUGAUUAUAAUUACAAUUACAACACCAUGCACUCAUGUAGCCAAUAAUUUGAUCCUGCUUCUUGCAUGACACUUCCACAAAAUGCUCCUGGCACACGACGUUAGACUGAUUGUUGAUGGAAGUGCACUUAUUCUAUUUGGGCUUUACAUGCAAAAAAAUAUUUAUGAAUUCCUGUGACACCCACCCCCCCACUUUCUAAGUCCUGACCCCAGUGUGUUUCUAAGGUUUUUACAUGGGCUGUAUAUAUUCGCCUUGCUUUUAUUGAGAGUUGUUGCAGUGGUUGAAGAAUUUCUGUGUCAUAGAGGACACAUGUUUUUUCUAGUGGAUUUAGAAAUGAAAGAAGUAAAAAAAAAUGAAAAGAAAAAGAGAAACAAUGACAUAAGUAAUCGCCUACGUACUUUAAAUACGAACCCACAGCUGCUUGGUAUGCUUUGUUUUUGGGAUGGAGAAAAAAAAAGUCUUGAAGUCUUGAAAGUCUUGAAAAAGGAAAUGUUGCAAGGGAGGCCUUUGGCUUUUCCGUGGAAAGAUGUGACUGCGAUGGACGGUGAAAUCUUAGUUUUAUGUGUAUAUUAGUUCUAUUGAGAUGUCAGUGAUAGAGUUCUUCUCCUUUUAAAAAGGGAGAGGGCAUUUUUGAAUGUGAAGUUCUAGAAUUUUCCUGUGCAUAUGAAGUUAACGUAACCGAGUUAAACAGAAUAGAAACUGGAAUUGUUGUCAGUGUUAGUGUAAGGUACCACAUAGAAGCUUAUUAUUGAAGUCUUAAUUAAUAAUAAUCAGUACUCUCUUAUUCAGAUUGCUAUUUUACAUUUCCGUGGCAGCUGAAUGCUUCUGUAGAAGGUUCUUUUUGUUAUGCUUGUAUAUUGCAGUGUGAGUAUCCGAGGGUUUGUACCCGAAAUCGUUGUGUUUUUACGUGUCCUUCUAUACCCACUUUGUAUAACCAUGUGCGUGUAUGUUCCCAGAAGUGUUUGUGUUUUGACUCUGAUCCCCGCCCCCCCUGUCAUUUCAGAUCAGGGGGGAGGGCGUCGCUCGGUCACAAACUUAGCAUCUGUGUUGGUAGUUUCUUCUAGUCGUCGUAUCAGGUUUUAUUUUUUUGUUUCUCUUUCUUUGUUGCUGUUGUUGUUCGUCUGUGGACAACUUUUUUUUUCUUUCAUCCUGGUAGAGAGUCUGCUCUGUGCUGCACCCGUUCUGCUUCUGUCUCUCCCUCGCCUCUCGUUGCCUCGCCUCACUCGACUACAGGGGCCUUUACCACGCGCCUUGGCCUGUCUAGUCAGCCUCUAGCGGACAGGGGGUGCGUUUCCGGAAAGCGUAGUUGCUAACUAUGUUGGCUACUGUGUUGGUUGCAAUACAAUUUCCUGUUGACAACUCCCGAAGUUGCUAACUGCUAACAACUACGCUCUCCAGAAAUGCAUCCCUGACACCUCUAGCCUCUUACCU